UCGUGUGCACGAUCGCCCCUGUGGCAGCCGUUGGGCUUUGUUCCCUGGACGGUUCAGUCGAUUCAGAGACCAUACUUUGCACGGUUCAUGCCGUACGGACGACCUUGGCGACGCUGGCCGUGACAUCCGAGUCGGGUACACUGCCCCCGUAAUGCCGGAAUCACGGCUCAAGGGACGAUUCCGCAAGGCGCAGACGACUCGGGUCGAGAUUGAUACAUGCAUGGCCAAGAUCAAUGAACAGGCGGCCAAAUAAGGGCGAGACCGCACAGCCGACCAUGUUCGCCUCCGGCGGCGCAGGACCCGUGGGUAAGUUUGUCAUCCAGUGCCUGCGACACAUCAGCACAAAGGUCGAAAGCAUCGCCUCUGCGGGCUCUACGAAUAGGAUGGGGAUCGUGAAGAAUUUCAGUGCCGAUGUCGCGCUCAGCUACAAGGAGGAGAACACGUGUUUGACGUGCUUAAAUGCCAUUGACCGCCUAACAUGUGCGUUGCAUGUUCCUACGUAGUGCUUACGCAGCUAGCGCAGUCAUUGAGAAAAUGUCGCA